GAAAUCGUUUGAACUGACCAGCUUUCUCGGUUCUGUGAAUUUGCGGAUAGGUUGAGAUGUCGGAUGAGUCUUGUACACAUUUGUACAAAGGUGCUGUGACUUCAAAAGCUGGGAAUGAAACUGUCUUAGGGACUCCCGUACCUGUUGCACACUCAACCGUUGGUUACGAUAAAUCUUCUAGCAAUCACAAACGUGGUCGGAUUCAUCUAAAUGAAAUGCAACAAACUUCUCCAGCUUUUGAAAAACAAACGUAUGUUAUCAAUCCGUUUAGAGGAAAUCAAAGUCACGACGUCCCUAAUUCGAAUAAUGAAGAAUUAAGUAUUCUAAACAUCGACACAAUAAAGGGGCUAUCUGAUAGUGUAUUAGAUCGUAGUUUACAGGGUCCCAAAUACAAUGAAAUAUCCAAAAAACUAAACUUAGGAAAUAGAAAUAAGCAGAUGGAUACCUUCAAGGUUGAACACUGCCGAUCACUAGCAAAUCUGUCGACUGAUAUGGAGGCUGAACAGAAAAUACAAUUUGAUGAUGAGGAAUUGAAAAUGCUGGAAGAAGCUUUCAGCGACUUUGAUUGUGAAGCAUCUGAAGCAACUGCUCCAACUCGAGUUUGCGAGACAUUUGCUCGUCGAGUAUCGUGUGAUCUACUAGACGUUGAAGAACAAUGUUUAAAUGGAAAUAGCACAUCAGUUUCUUCCCUGUCGUCUAAUGAAGGUAUCUGUGAUAUUGAUGGCAGCAAUGCUGACGUUGUCGACCUGGUCAAUCUUAGUGUUUCUACCCAUUCAUGUAAUAUCCCUCAGACCACGGAAUUGCCAACUCUAGUUGCAGAAUGUCAUUCGAAGAACACUACCGAAAAGCAAGCAAACUCUUCAAAGAAUGAAUGUGGCCAAUCAGUUUUAAGACCACAAAACAAAAAUUAUUCACAUUUGCCUUGCCUUACUGGUUUAUCAUCUGUUUUCGAAGUUGACUCAAAUGAAACCAAGUUCGAUAAUUGCGUACAACCUAACUUAUGCCCAAUAACUACAUCGCCUUUAAAACUAAAUCAAGCACUAACGGUCUCACCAGUACAGAAUCCUAUCAGUCGCGCUUCAAAAUGUAUAAAUAAUGAACCAAUCCAAUCUAUGGACAGAAAUAAUAAUUUAUCAACCCAAACACAAGUGACAGAACAGAACUUAUCUAGUAAAAGUUUACAUCCUUCGCAAAAAUCAACUAAUCUUAGUGAUGCUAGCAGUUUGAAACUGAGAAAUUUGAAUUUGAAUAAAUCAGAUAUACCACAUGUUGAUAUCAGUUGUCUGCAUAUGUCCGAUAUUGACAGUCUGUUAGAUAUGAUUACAACUAUAGGUAAGCAGCCGGAUGAUGGCAAACUGCAAUCGGUUUCUCGUCACAAUAAAUUAUCUUCACAUUUAGAAAAACAACUAGAGGCUGUUAGACAAGCUCUAAGAUCUAAUAUUCCUAGUAAUACAGUUGAUUCUAGUAAAAUCCCAACUGGUGUAAAUGUAAAACAACCAAACUUUUCACAAUCCAAAGUGGAUGCACUAAAGGAAAACAUUCCUCCUACAAAUACAAUUAGUUCUGACCAGAAUGUAACUCACAAAAAAAAACUAUCUCAUUAUCCUAAUCCGGAUGUUCCACAUGUGCCUACGAAUCCGUCAGCUAAAUCCCAUUCGAUUAAUGCUACAAACGAGAAUCCAUCAGUUCAUGACGGAUCUGCAAUCUCGCGAAAAGAUUCUUUCUCUCCAGAGGUGUUAAAAUCUCAAAACAUUCCUAUUCUAUCAAAUACUAACUGCUUAAUUUGGGCUGGUGCAGUUUGUGGACAGAUACAUCGACAACAUUUCCUUAUCAAACAUCAAAUGGACAAACCGACUACCAUAUCAUUUAUCGUUCACCCCAAAUCAGAAGUGUUCAAACUUGUUGACGAAAAUGGUUAUUUGAUUACAGGAACAUCUCAUAUUUACUUACCACCAAAUCUUGAAUAUGAAGUAAGUGUCGCUUACGUUGCAAGGCAUCCAGUUUCUUGGGAUUUCGGACAUUUACUUAUACGAUCUGAAGCAUUAAAAACUUCCACUUAUAAAGUAAGACUAAUUGGUUAUACAAAUUCCAGUGAAUUGGUUUGUUCUUGUUGUUCGAAAUUAAGUCCCAAUGUUUAUUGGAUUGUUGCAUCUAAAAUAGAUCCCACUUCUGAUUCAGUGGUUAAAGAUAAUGAAAAAUCUCAUGAAGCAAGUCUACGUUCUGUUAAAUAUGAACUUACUUCAAAUGUAUCUGGAUGCUCGUUGGCAAGUAUUAAUAUCAGUAAUUAUGGCUCUAGAUCUGCUUGGGUCUGUGCUCGUGUUGAUUGGGUUGAUCGAAAAACCUCCAGUCAAAAUGAACAUGAUGAUACUUCUGAAUAUGGUGUUAUUAUUGAACCUAAAGCUUUAGUUAUUGGGUCGAAACAAUCUCAGAGCAUUUUUAUUACUUUAAGGCAUGGUGUAGAUGCUGCACGUAUAGUAUUUUACCAUGGAGAUGAAGUUGUUCGUUAUCAGUUUCGACGAUUAUGUGCUUGUUCUGAAGAGUCCAUUUCAAAAUUGAGAAAACGAUCUAGUCACAGCCGUCAUGAUAAUCGUUUACGAUUAUCAGAAAUUUUGAAAGAUUUUGAAUUUGAACAAUCUAUCCAAAUCGUUGAACUGCCUCCUGCAUCCUUCAGUGAACUUCGACCACAAGACUGGCAUCAGGCCUUUAUGAAUCAAGUAAAUCAUCGUGAACAUAUGCUCCUUUACAUUUAUACUUCAAAACAAAAUCAAAAUUCUAGGAAUAUUAAUCAACGCAGCGUAAAUUUUUCCAGUUCAGUAUCGGAAUCAGUACUUGAGAAUUCAUUGGCUAGUGUUUUCGUACAACAAGAUGCUUUUAAACGUCGAAAUUCUAUUGAUCCUAUUCAUCGUGAAAGUUCUGCGACAUUUUUAUCAAAGCCAAUAUCGAGAAAGGGUAGUUUGUGUGAACCUUAUUCGACAAAUACCUUAACUCCUAAUAUUUCAACUGGUCAAAGUUCGAAAGGAAAAACGUCACUUGUUCAACUGCCAAACUUGGAAAUAAACCCUCCAUAUACUUUGGUGUUUCCACCAUGUACACCUAGUUGCUCAACAGAAGCUCAAUUUUCUGUGAGCUUAAAGCAAAGUUCACUUAGUGAAGAUGAAACGUCUUCCUUGUCAUUAUGGAAAGUUUUUUGGUCGGCAAAUCCUGUAACUGAAAUACAACUGCGAAAUAUUACUUCAAAUUCCUCAUAUCCACUUAACAAGCGGUCUACCAUGGAACGAGGUAUCUUUCAGUUGUUACCUUCUAAAUCGAAUUCACUCAACCAACAUAGCAUUAAUAUUAAGUCAGUUAAUAGUGUUGGCAUUUUAUCAACUAAUGCUAAUAACAUGGAAUUUCGUUCAUUUUUAAUACCUUUUCGUUUCAAACCUACUUCAUAUUGUGAAAAUAUUUUAACUCAAGAUUGGCAUUUGGAUUUUUGGCUAGAACCAUGCAUACAAAACCAAUGUCAUUUUAUAUCCAAAUUCAAUUUAAAAGAUUCAGUCACACUUUUAGUCACUUUAGAAGGCUCGUGUCAUGAUCAAGCAACAAUGAAAGAAUCUCCACUCACAUACCUGCAAAGUAUAGGCAACUACAAGUUAAAAUACCCUCCUCCGAAUUCCAAAUGUUUUAAUGAUCGUACUUCGUUGAUGAUUGUUGAAAACACUUCGAAAACGGUUCAUAUUGGUCCGAUUGAUGUGAUUGGCCUACCAGUUUCUUUUGACGCUAUAGACUCCAAUUCCUCAAUAACAUCUCGUUCUCACAAUAUUAUAUUGAUCAAUCGAAUGAAGACAACUGAAGCAUUCGUCAAAUUGAAACAUCCAAGACCACCAUUCUACGUUAUGGAGCCCAAGGAAAUAAGGUUUUGUAUAUCACCUCGUUCUCGUGUACGAAUAGUGCUUAACUUUCGACCAUACACACUAGGAAAAUCAAGUUCCGUUUUGGGAAUCAGUGUUGAAUAUCACAAACAGGAAAAUUUAUCUGUGGAAAACCCCAAUUUUAUUGUCGAACCAACUAUCGAAUCUUUCCAAGUUCACUUAUUCGGUACAAUGAAUUAACUUCAAAUCUUUCUUAUUCCUUGUAUUUUACAACUGUAUGUUCUUACUGGUGAUUUUUAUAUAUAUUUAAUAUUUCAUAC